CCAGCUACGCUCGCCUGCAGAAGUGGGGGCCAAGGGGGCAACUAAUCUGCCUUCGUUCACCAGGGGGCCUUAUAGGUGAUCUCGCUUAUGUUUCGUCGAUGCGCUAAUUGCUUGUGAUACCCAUGCGCGACGCUGCAUACAUGUACCUCGUGUACACCAGAGGUGUUUCUGUUGUAACUGGAUGUCAGAAUAAUUUUACUCGCGUGCUCUAGCGUGUGAAUUGCUCAUGGGAUCCGCCGCUUCAAAACAACGGGAAAAGGAGAACACCAUGGAAGGCGACCGUAGGGCUAAGUCAGUGUCUGCGAGCGACAAGAAGCUCAAAAACAAGCAUGGGAGUCAACUUAUGUCCCCGAAAGUGAAGGAAAUGGAGGACAUUAUUCCUAAAGGGGCAAGAGCAACAGAAGAUGAGCCAAUACGCCCUGAUAUUGACUUCGAUGGACCACACAGGACAUAUAAUUCUAGAUCGGUUAAAAUCACUAACUUUGAUUAUGGCGAUAUUUCCAAAUUGGAAGGAUAUUUCCAGCGAAAGUAUCGCUCAGAUUUCAAGCAGGUAAAAGAGGAUGGUUUGGGCUUCAUGAUUGUGGAAUUCAAGUCUCGACAAGUGGCUGAACGUGUUGUUAAAAGUGUUCACGAAGUUGAUGGGACAAUCCUCGAAAUUACCUUUGACAGUACACCUAUGACGAAAGAUGACGUAGCUACGAAAGAUAAAGGGAAGGAACAGGGCGUGACAGCUAUCGAUGCUAGAGCAAAGAAAGAUGGCCACUUGUAUCCUUUCGAUGAAAUGCGCCGGGUCAAAAUGAUCUCACAAGAAGGUAAUCUACUUUCGAAAGAAAAGUCAAGCAACGACACGUUUAAACCUGAACCACACAACAAUGGUCACUUGACAAUGUCUGCCAAUGAACAAAGUAGCAGAGUAAUGGCGUACAGUAUGCCGGACAAUGUCGGAGACGAAGAAGACAAAAUGGGUAAAGACCCGCAGCAGGCCAAAGUAAGAAAUGGGUUGCCAAAUAUCUCCGCACGAGAAUUCAGGACAGCCGAAUCAGUUGACGAAAUGACUAUUGAAGUAGACGCUGUAAAAGUUGAGUUUAUCAAGAAAGUACACAGAAUCGAGUAUGAUGAAAUUGGCCACAGUAACAAUGUUAUCAUUGAGCAUGAUGCUGAGUCGCAUCCGGGCAUGGUCACCUUUCGGACGAAUGGACCGCGAAGAGGUAACGUGGAGUGUGCUUACGAGCAGUUCAUGGAACUGUAUCAUCGAAUCUCGGCCACUCUGUCAAGGAAUAAUGCCGUAAAUGUUCUUAAGGAGCUUCCGGAUUGUACGAUUCGGAGCCUGACCCGGGCGCUCACCCUUGCCAACGCCGACGACCGUGUUCUCGUCAAAAACUGUCUUAGUGACGACUUUAAUGUAGUUUUCUAUGGAUCCGAAACCAAUGUAGCUAAUGCUAUUGCCAAUUUCAUUGAAAACUCGGGAAAGCAAGACGAUGCACAUACCAGUGACGGCAACCCACGCCCACAGUCCCACAAGCAGACAACGGAAACACAGGUUUAUGCCCAUGUUCGAACACUUGACGAAAAACACUUUGUCGGAACAGUGAGUGACAUUACGAUAAGCGUUUAUGAAGGUGAUCUGACACAGGAAAAGGUAGAUGUCGUGGUCAAUGCCGCAAACGAAAGACUAUACCAUGCGGGCGGUGUGGCUCUUGCUAUCAGCGAGGCCGGGGGUCAGAAGAUUCAAAAGGAAUCCAGUGAAUAUGUGACGAAGCACGGCACCCUACCAAUCGGGCAAGCUAUGCACACAGGGGCAGGGAAGAUGCCUUGUAAAUACGUCAUACACACAGUGGGGCCAAAAUGGAAAGACCAUGCAGACAAAGAAACAGUGCAGUCACAACUGUAUGAAGCAUUGUUCAAUGUUCUGCACUACGCGGCCAACAGACUAAAAGCUCGGUCAAUCGCCAUUCCAGCCAUAAGCGCAGGAAUAUACGGGGUACCAGUCGAUAUCUGCGCCGUUCAACUCGUGCUGGCAACACAGAAGUUCGUCCAGUCACCACCUGCAAACAACACGCUUCGGGACAUCAGGUUCGUCAACAUUGAUGGCCAGAUAAACAGCGCCUUCGUUCGAGUCUUCAGUGGCUCCUUCCCAUCCAACGACAGUGGGGCUCAUUACUAUGAAGCCAUAGGUGACGAGGACUGUCCCAUCUGUAUGGACAAAGUUGUACAGCCAAAAAGGCUUGGUUGUUGUAGCAAUGUAUUCUGUACUGAUUGUAUUGACAAGGCGUUUCAGGUCAAACCAGUGUGUCCUAUCUGCGGCUACCAGAGCAGAGCCCUGAAAGGCACCCAACCAAAAACUGCAACGAUGACAUUCGCGAAGACUUCGCGGGUCAUCCCAGGAUACGAGGAGUGCGGCUCAAUACAGAUUUACUACGAUAUACCAAGUGGCAUUCAAGAGGACUGCCACCCGAAUCCAGGGAGGCCAUACAAGGGCUCAAUGAGGAUGGCUUUCCUACCCGACAACACUGAGGGACAAAAAGUCCUUCAGCUACUGAAAAAGGCCUUUGACAGACGGCUAGUCUUCACCAUUGGGACAUCGGUGACAACCGGCAAAACGGAUGCCGUCAUUUGGAACGACAUUCACCACAAAACGAGCCCCUACGGCGGGCCAUCUAAUUAUGGAUAUCCAGACCGAGGCUAUCUCAGACGGGUGACUGACGAGCUUGCUGCAAAAGGCAUAAAAUAGAAUUGUCAUCUUGAAAAGUACCCCAGAGAAGGCAAACUUUAUCCAAAUUUAGCACGACAACAACAACGACAUGGUUAAAAACCUGUCAGAUGUUUUACGAGUAUUUUUCGGGGAUGGUGAUCUAUUUGUCAAAAACAAAGGACUCGAAAACACUCUGUCGGGACUAAAAAAAACAACAACACAGAAGUGCCAUUAUUCGGUGCAUGGAACCCAACGCGGUUUCUCAUUAGUAAUAGUUGGGCAGAACCUGUUUGGUCUGCAACUUUUAUUGAGUUAACUUUUAGAUUACGCGGUACUGGUGUUACAUUAUAGUAGAACUUACAUUUCCAAUCGAUAGACCAGGAUCCAAAGUAGAACAAAGUCCCACUCGUACAGUCUAACAAGUUGAGAAAUAUACACACAAACCUGCCCAACAGGACAAGCAAAUAAAGCGUACAAAAAGGUGCUACUUAGAUGUCGAGUCAGGAUUUCCAUUAUUAAUCAUUAACUUAUAAUGGUCCUUCAUUGUACGUACUUGUGACAUUGAUUAAUUGUGCCUUCACGAGGUUGCCCUCAUAUUUUUGGUCGACGAGGAAGUAAAAUUGUUUACAUCGUGGUUGUGAGUAAUGUUAACUCUUACAAAUCAAUUAGUGGAUGGUAACAAAAUAAUUUAGGACUUUAGAGUACUGUGUAAAAUGGGUCUUUUUCAUAACAUGUAUGUAAGGAAAGGAGAAUGUAAUGGCGUUAUGGCAAACUAUACCUGUUGAGAGACUCAGUAUGCUUUUAUUCUCUCCGUGGAGGAUUAUUUUAUACAAGUAACUCACACUUGAGUGUGAUGCGGCAAGGGAUACUGAGGGGUGAACCAGAAAUGACAGUGAGCAGGAUUGCCAUAAUAAUUCACCUUAUUUUUUAAAAUUUUUUUGCAAAUAUGCCUUCAUACGUAUACGUGUAAAGUCCAGCAGAUUAUUCUAUCGUCAGCUGUUGAAAUCUAUGGAGAUCAUUUGGAAAUUAGACGUCGAUAUCAACCACGCUAUACCAGUAAACAUAAAAGCGUUUGAAAAACAACAAGCUAUACAGCUAAGUUAUUUGCAAGGCCCGUCGUUUGUUCCCUCGCAUUUCUAUGAUAAUUCUUGUGUGUUUAUUUUGCAUUACAGGUACAACAGAUAAUACAAAAGUUAUCAAACAUUAGCAUGACAACAACAUCAUCAACCAACAUGUUUAAAGACAUGUUGAGUUGUUCGGUAUGGUGAUCUAUUUGCCUAAAACAAAUGAUAAAAACACUCUGAAAACCACACAAAAAUGCCAUUGGCAUUAUUUCAUAUAUGGAACCCACCCAACACGGCUGGUCAUUAAUAGGGCAGCCCAAGGUCGGACCACUUUGUUGAGUUGAGUUUUAGAUUACAUGUUAGCGGUGUUAUUUUAUGAUGGAACUUAUAUUGUCAAUCAAUAGACCAGGAUCCAAAGGGGAACAGUAUAACAGUGUUGAGAAUUGUACACAGAAACCUUUCCAACUGUGUAAGCAAAUAAAGCAUACAAAAAGG